AUGGACCAGUCUGCGAUUCUGAUCCUGGUUCUUCUGUCCCUCAGCUUGGCGUGUAAAGCAGAUGAAGAUACAGAGGAGCUCUCUUGUCCAGAACACCAGGAGGGUUUUGAUGGCUCCUGCUAUGAGUUUGUGGGUCUUCAGCGAUCAUUCUCAGAUGCUGAGAAGUGGUGUGAGCAUGGUGGAGGACAUGUUGCAUUCAUCCUCAAUGAUGAGACACAGCAAUUCCUACAGAAGCACUUGGACCCAGAGAUGGACUGGUGGCUUGGACUCGGACCUGCGGCUCCUAACCUCACACUUGACUCUGCAUCCAGUGACGGUUCUCUUGCGUGGUUGGAUGGUUCAGAUGUCAGCUACAACAACUGGCUGAAUCUGCCAGAUCCAGCAGCCGAUUGUGGUCACAUCCUGGGCAAUUCUGGCUUCCAGUGGGAAGCGACAUGGAACUGUAGCCAGGAACUGAACUUCAUCUGCCAGUUUGAUUCUGGGAGAACAUUUGCCUGCGAGGGCCAAAAUGCUGCCCUGCGCUGCGGUUCCGGGGAAGUGAUUGAGAUAGACGACAGCUUCUACGGUCGCAAAACUAUUCACUUCUGCCGUUCUCAGGCCACAGCAGCAGCUACAUCCUCUCAGGACGAGUGCAGCUGGAUAGAUGUUGGUGACUCUGUGACAGCACAUUGUCAUGGCCUUCAGACCUGUCAUGCCCCGGUAAAUCUGAGCUCUUUUGGGGAACCCUGUCCUGUUCUUGGAAGCUACCUGUCUGUGGAGUAUCACUGCAAACACGGCCUCCAAUUGCUGAUGAGUAAACUGGCUGCUGUAUUUGACAAUGUGACCAUCACUGUCAAGUGGCUUCUGCAUCCUUUCCAGGGAAACCUCACCUGCUCCCUAAAUGCUGGAGAUGGUCAUGCCAUCAACCCAUACACUCCAGAAGAGAUGGAGAGCACUGUGAUGCAUAAGUUCACACGGCCAGGCGUUUUUAGGGUCAUGGUUGAGUGUUCAACCAGUGAGUGGCAUGUUACCGCUCAGCGAGUCAUCACUAUUCAAGAGCCUGUUGGGGUAUUUGAUAGCAUCAGGUGCUUCAGCAGGAACCUUUCAGGUGAUGGUGGAAAAUGCAACCUGCUGUAUGGCGGGUCAGCUGAUAUUGAGGUGACAGUUGUUGCUGGUACAAAUGUAACCUACACUGUCCAACAUGAAGGCCACGUGAUAGCAAACUCAUCAGUGGACAAAGGGAUCACAGCCCACAACAUAACCCUCACCGCGAACAUGAUGGAAGAUCUCGGUCUUGGGUGCAAAAAUCUGACUUUGGCCGCCUCCAACAAGGUCACGUCACGCACAGUUUCCAAAGAGCUAGAGCUGUGUGUGCUGGAACCGGUGGACGGUCUCCAGGCCUCGGUUGUAGCUGAGGACGGCGAGUGUCCCAACUCUUCUGACCUGACUGUUGCCAUUUCACUGGAGCAAGGAGCUCCAGUUGAGCUUCUCUUCACUCUGACUGGAGCCGAAGACUCAAUCUCUGAGACCAGAGACAUGCUGAAUGGAAGCCACACCUUUAUGUUUUCCAGCCCAAUUAAAGGACUCUCCACAGUGAAUGUGCGAGCCACAAAUGCAAUCUCCGCCUCAGAUACUGAUGUAGACCUUGAAAAAGUCAUUCGGAAUUGCCAGAUUUACUCAAACUCUUCGACUGAGGAUUUAAAUACCGCUGAAGAGGACGUCUCUUUAAUAAUGAGCGCAGAUCCAGAGGUUGUAGUGGACAACUCCCAGAGUGUUACGCUGGCAGUCAAUAGCAGUAAACAGCUACCCAGCCAAGGACUAAUAUAUGAGUGGUCAUGUGAGGAAUCGUGCAAAUGCAGCAACAGCACAAACAAACAAACCCAUGUCAUAGAGAGAGAAUGCCUCCCAAAUGCAUUUGAAUUUGUGAAGUACAGAGUGACUCUUAAGAAGAAACUGUGGUUCAGAAAAUGGACUAAAGUGGCCUCAGCCUCUAAAUGCAUCAGCGUUUUGCCUAAAGCAUUUACAGAUGUCAAAAUCAGUUGUGAUGAUUGUACUUCGAUCCAUGUGAAUCAUCUUGUGAAGUUGAAACUGAGCUGCAAGGCAACGUGUCCGGACACGGUUUGGUUCAUUGAGGGUCACGAACCUCCUACAGGAUCCCUCCAAAGAUGUUACUCUCAAGCUGGAAGAUAUCCUCCCACUGACAAGCAAGAUGGCAUUUUGGAAUAUGUAGUACAAAGCCAUCACCUUAAAGCCUCACUUGAGACACAACGCAACAUCACUGUGGUUGCUUAUGGAAAGAACAUGCCCGGUUUUGCCAAAUACACAUUGCCAAUACCGGAGCCAGAACCUACUGAGCAACCUACAACAGCAGCUGCGACAACAGUUUCGUUUGACAGCGAACCUUCUUGUAGUAUCUUCCCACUAUCAGGAACAGUGCUUGACGCAUUCGACAUCACCUGCAAGCCUGGUUCUUUCUGCUCAGCCGGCUGUGUCUACUGCCUCAUGACGGACACAGGCAAACAUUUGCGCUGCAGUCCUGCAAAUGUGUUAAAAUCGGUGUACCUGCCUCAUGGAGACGAACGGAGCAACUACAGCCUGACAGUCGUGGUAACAGUGAAAAACCAAUUCAAAGAACUCACGACUGAUAUACCAACUCAGGUACGGAACAGUGUCUCCAGUGCGUCUGUGGAGGAUCUACAGUCAACUUUGGAAGAUUCAGUCAGUCAGUUAGAGGAUCAAGGUCUGCUCUCUGGCGAAGCCCUCGGGCAAAUAUUUACUUCCAUCUCUGAUCUGCUGAACUCAGACUCAAGCACAGAACAGAAGGAUGCGCGGACGAAGUUAAGAGAGCAGAUGCUGACCAAGAUGACCUCAGUGCUGCUGGACUCUCCUGCCAAUACAAGUCAGGAAGUAGAAGCGACGGCCAAAGUGGUCGUUGGACUCACACAGAGAUCUGAUGAGCUCAGUCCGUCUGCUCAGGAAGAAGCCAGUUCAUUACUGGUGGACCUCAGCUCAUCUCUCAGCACCAUCAACGUAGUCCAGUUUGAGGAGGACGGAGGUGAAAUUUUGCAAGUUGCUGCACCCAUUGUCGAAGCAGCAAGUAACAUCCUUAAUGUUUCAGCAAAUGAGAAAGUCUCUAACUCUCUGCUUACUGGAAUAAACAAUGUUCAGAGUGCUUUGUUGAACAACAAGAGGUUGAAUGGAGAACCCAUUAUCAUUGACUCUGGUCAGAUCAGCGUCUACGUAAACAGAGUGUCUCCGGCAACCAUGAACAUGCAGGAUAUCAAUGCCAAUAAGAACAGCUCAUCGAAAUUCAGCUUUCCCACUCUGCCUGCUCAUGUGCUCUCUCCAGAUGAGCCCGUGGAUGUUAGAAUGAUGAGUUUUGAUAAAAAUCCAUACUCGUGGAAGGAGGAUAACAUCACUGGGACAGUGGGAUCAGUCUCUCUCACCAAAAUGGAUGGCACAGUCAUCUCUGUGGAAAACUUGCCUGAGGAGAUCGAGAUUCUCCUCCCCAGACCCAGUGCAGGGCAGGACAACACCACAGUUCUGGACCUGAGCAGUUUCAGCACAGUAACCAUUGACAUUCCAUCUCCUGAUGUUACACUCGUGCUGAAAAUGGAACCAUCGCAAAACAUUUCCCUUAUGCUUUAUCUGGGCUAUAAAGAAUAUCCGAGUAAUGACGACUAUGUAGCCAGGACCAAACUCCCUGUUGAGGGUUUAACAGAAGAGGAACAAUAUACCUGGGUUUUGGGUCCUAAUGAGAGAAGUGGAGACGUCGGAGUACACUUCCUGGUUUUAAAGCCGAUUGUUGAGCCAGGCGUCAAAUUCAUCAACGCCUCUGUCGGUGUCAGAACCAUCGCUGCGCAGUGCAAGUUCUGGAAUGAAACUGAGAGUUCUUGGAGUGAAAAUGGCUGCAGGGUUGGUCCGCUGACAACAGACACUGUCACCCAGUGUCUCUGCAACCACUUGACAUUCUUCGGCAGCUCUUUCUUCGUCAUGCCAAACUUGGUGGACGUCUCGCGCACAGCAGAACUUUUUGCCACUUUUGCUAACAAUCCUGUGGUGGCUUGUUUUGUCGGGGCCAUUGUGUUAGUUUAUUUACUGGUGGUCAUCUGGGCAAGGAGGAAAGACAUACUUGAUUCAGCUAAGGUUAAAAUAACGCUGCUUGAAGACAAUGACCCCUUGGCUGAAUAUCGCUAUAUGCUCCACGUCAGCACUGGACAUCGGCACGGUGCAGCCACCUCCGCUCAGGUGACGGUUACCUUGAUCGGGACGGAGGGAGAGAGCGAACCCCACCACCUGACCGACCCCGAGAAGCCUGUGUUUGAGCGGGGCGGAGAGGAUAUGUUCCUUUUGACGACACAUUUUUCUCUAGGUGACCUGCAGGGCAUUCGGCUGUGGCAUGACAACUCCGGGUCGCAUCCUGCUUGGUAUGUGAACAAAGUCACAGUGCAAGACCUGGAAAGCGGCCAGAAAUGGCAGUUUCUCUGUAACUCCUGGCUUUCUGUGGAUGUGGGAGAAUGCACUCUGGACAAGGUUUUCCCGGUGGCCACAGAGGAGGAUUUAAAGAGAUUUAGUAAUCUCUUCUUCAUGAAGACAGCUAAGGAUUUCAGUGAUGGCCACAUCUGGUUCUCGGUAGUCAGCCGGCCUCCGUGCAGCACUUUCACCCGGGUGCAGCGGGUCUCUUGUUGUUUCUCCCUUCUGCUGUGCACCAUGCUGACCAGCAUAAUGUUCUGGGGGAUUCCCACAGAUCCCUCUGAGCAGACCAUGGACCUGGGUCACAUUGAAUUUACCUGGCAGCAAGUGAUGAUUGGUAUUCAAAGUUCGAUCAUCAUGUUUCCCAUAAAUCUACUCAUUGUGAGCAUCUUCAGAAACACUAGACCCCGAGAAAAAGUGGUGAAAAAAGACCAAUCCAAGCAGACUAAGAGUGGACGAGUCUCUCCCUCGGACAGGUCAUUAGGUCAGCACAAGGACAUUACAGCAGACACUGUGUGCAAGGAUAUAAAGAGAAUUGCCCAAUCGCUGUCCAAGACAAUGAAGAGCCCUCUGCCCCACCUGGACUUUCCAUCUGCUCAACCAGUGGACAUCAACACCCUGCUGUCCUUGGUUGAAGACAUCAUCCGACAUCAAAACCGAGCAGCCAGUGACUUCUACACUGAUGACUCUAAAAGGGAAUGUUCAAUGAUCCUGAGUUUAGGAUCAGUGGAUCUACAAGAAAGCAGCGGGCACGGCAGCCCAGAGAGGAGCCCAGAUGGGGCUCAAAAGAAAAGCAACAAUGGUCGGUAUCUGUACAGGCAGCUUCGUCAUGUCGAGAAGGAGCUGGGUCUUCUGGGACCUUCUCGUUUUCCAAACCCAAAUGGCUACGACCGAGCCAUGCAGCAGGUGCAGGGGAUGAAGGGUCUUCUGCAGUACCACCUUCCCUCUUCAACCUUCGAGGGAGUUCCGUUGGAGCGCAGCUCCAGUCCUGACGACAGCCUCAACGGGGCCCCCGCCAAGAAGUGCUGUCAAGGGGGGCUUCCGUGGUGGUUUGUGUUCAUCGGAUGGAUUCUUGUUAUCGCGACCAGUGGCGUAUCUGGGUAUUUUACCAUGAUGUACGGCUUCACGUAUGGAAAGGACAAAUCCAUUAGCUGGCUGAUCUCCAUGCUCGUCUCUUUUUUUGAGAGUCUCUUCAUCACUCAGCCUCUGAAGGUUCUUGGAUUUGCUGCUUUCUUUGCCCUGGUUUUAAAGAAGGUUGAUCAGGAGGAAUUCGGGGACCCACAGUUGGAUGAGAGCCUCAGCAAUCCAGAUGACAUCGAUGCCGUGCGAAUGGCGAGAAGAGACAGCUCCAGCAGUUUUUAUCAACCACCUCCACCCACUGACAUAGAAAAGAUCCGAAGCAACAUGAUCAAAGAGCAGAAGGUCUUUGCUCUGAUUCGAGAGAUUCUGGCAUACGCAGGUUUCAUGUGGAUGCUGCUCCUGGUGGCGUACGGUCAGAGGGACCCCAAUGCUUUUUUCUUGACUCAGCAUAUCCGGCAGAGCUUCAGCAAAGGAAUCUCAGACAGUAUGAGUCUUCAAGAUGUGUUCACAUGGGCCAAUACAACCUUACUGAGCAGCCUGUUUGGGGAGUAUCCUGGAUUCAUCACUGAUGGGAACUCAAUCCUGGUGGGGAAUGCUCGUCUUCGGCAGCUGAGAGUGAAGCCAAACUCAUGCACCAUUGCUCGCUCCAUGCAACAGUCGGUCGACGACUGUCAUGCGCCAUACUCCUGGGAGUUGGAGGACAUGGGCUCUCAUGGACCAGGGUGGACCUUCGAUGUGGUGGGUAACAACUCCCAGGAUCUUGAAAGUCCAUGGCAGUACCAGUCACAAGGAAAACUGAGAGCCUUUCCCAUCUGGGGCAGCGUAAAGUUGUACAGAGGAGGAGGGUUUGUCGUGACUCUUGGGCCAGAUUUACAGAAUUCGAGCAGGACCCUCCAGUAUCUUCAUGAAAGUCGCUGGCUUGACACUUACACGCAGGCGCUUUUUGUUGAGUUCACCGUUUAUAAUGCCAAUGUCAACCUGUUCUGCAUUGUCACUCUUAUAUUGGAGACCACAGCCAUUGGGGCUUUUCAGUUCCGAAGUGAACUGCAAAAUGUUCGUCUGUACCAGUCCACGGGUGGUCUGCACAUCUUCGUCAUGGCAUCGGAAGUCAUUUAUUUCCUGUUCAUUUUGCACUACAUGUUUGUUCAGGGAAAGCAGAUGAAGGUGCAGAAAUGGGCCUAUUUCAAGAGCAAAUGGAACCUACUGGAGAUGGCGAUUAUCAUUCUAAGCUGGAGCGCACUGUCCGUUUUCACCAAGAGGACUGUACUGGGGAAUCGGGACAUGGAGUACUACCAGAACCACAAAGACCAAUUUGCUAGUUUCCAAGAGACAGCGAGGGCAGAUGCGGUGCUGGGAUAUCUGAUCGCCUUCCUGGUUCUGCUAGCAACAAUCAAACUGUGGCACCUGCUGAGACUGAACCCGAAGCUGCACAUGAUCACAGCCACUCUGCAGCGAGCCUGGACGGACAUCUCUGGCUUUCUGGUGGUCAUAUCCAUCAUGUUCCUGGCUUACUCUAUUGCUUCUAACUUGAUGUAUGGAUGGAAGCUGUACUCCUAUAGGACCUUACUCGAUGCUGCUCAGACGAUGGUCAGUCUGCAGUUGGGCAUAUUUAACUAUGAGGAGGUUUUGAAUUAUAACCCAGUCCUUGGAGCAUUCCUCAUCGGUUCCUGUAUUGUGUUCAUGACCUUUGUGGUGCUGAACCUCUUCAUCUCCGUCAUUCUCGUGGCUUUCAGCGAAGAACAGAUUCAUCACAAGCCAUCAGAGGAAGAGGAGAUUGUGGACCUGAUGCUGAUGAAAUUCUGUAGUUUGUUUGGAAUCAAAUGCAAGAAACCUGGCGGUGAUGGACCCACAAAUCCCUCUGGUCCCUCCACGAUUUCAUCAUGAGUACCCAACAGAUGAACACUAUUUCUGUCUGUGAUUAGUAUCCACUGUGGCUUGUCUGUGCUUACUACAUAUAUCAAUGUUGUUAGGUCUGGUAUAUA